AAAUUAAUACCCUGACGAGUGAUUGAUUGAUCGAUUCAGAAGGAAUCAACAAGAAUACGUUUUUAAACCACUGCACUGUUUCGCCAGUGGCCAGUGACUUUUUGCGAAAAGGAACACGAGCAGGAAAGUUAUCUUUCAUUACGCUCCUCGGACACGUUUAUACGUAGUCAGACUGUACCAGUUGAUACAGGCAAUGAUAGUUAAUGCGAUACAGUCAACCAAACAGUCAGGCCUUGUACGGUAAAGCUAUGGAUCCCUCUGAUCAUUUUGCACAACAAGCUUGCUCGGGUCGCAUCGAAAGCUCUUUUUACACAACACUAUAUAGAAUAAGUCGAGAUGACGCCUCUACCUUGGUGGGUGUUGCUGGCGUUGCCGUUGGUCGUCGUCGACGCGCAUCCGGACGAGUACGCAUGCGUUUGUUUUUGCCGUGCACGGAACGGCAGCCCGAAGAUCGCAGAAGCCUGCGACCAUGCGGAGUACCACGUCUUUGGGUCCCAUGGAGGCGCGUACUUGUUACUGCGCCUCUUCAAGCUCUGUUUGAUCCCGCAUAGUGAUCCUAAAUCACCUCAUCACCCGCUCUUCCACGACUGGGAGAACUGCCGUUUCAUCAGGAACGAUCUUAUCCAACGUCACGGUUGUUCGUGCGACACUUUGAACAAUGUCAAAUCAGCAAAGCCUGAAGAAGAAAAGCAGAGAUUCAUGUACGCCGUAGCUGUGCCUUCUAUUCAUGCUGAAGAUGGAGCAUCCGAAGCUGGAGGAUCUGAAGCUGGAGCAUCUGAAGGUGAAGGAUCUGGAGGUGGAGCACCUGAAGAUGAAGAUCAGCAAGGAUGGAGGAGCUGAAGAUUCCGGUUAGAUGCAUCCGCUAUAGAUGCUGAUACAGCAAAUGCUUCCGAGGAUGAGACAGAUUCCACGGAGGAUCCCAUCGACUGGCACCCAUGGUGAACGGCUCAUUGUCAGUGUGACAACGGGCAGGGUGGUUCCGCCCGCCAUUGUGACAUUAUUCCUUGAAGAGAAUGAAGAGGAGGACGAUAGGCGAACACUCGCAGGCGGGCACGAAUUUACAUAUCUCGUAUAGGUUAGUCGGUCCUGAAUGGUACCGAUAGAAAUAAGGUUAGUCUUUAAUUAAUAACACCUUCGUUAUCGCUGUUUCUCUCAAUCUGUCUAUAAAACUCAUAAGUAUCACUCCUUUCUUUUAAUUGACAAUUUUGUAUGUACAAUCUCGUCGGAUGUUUUAUCAGCAACUUGAAAUUUCAUAUCUGAAGAUGUAACUAGCUCGUUCUUAACUCGUGUAUUUAUCCAUCGAUUAAUUAAUAUCAAUCGCCUGACGAGGGACCUGUCAGUGGAAUUUUUCGAAGGGAAUCGCGGCUCGAAGUUAUCGCUCAUAUGUACGUGACCAUUGUUAGAUAAUUUAAUUGCUCGUUAGGCUUAAGACUUUUCUACGCUAGGUCCGGUUCACGCGUUCUUAAUUAACAGUCUUUAACGUCCAAAAUUAAAAGACGGGUUUUCUUUUCGGAUCAGUGGGUUCCGUUACCCAUCACUCUUUGUCGCGAUAAGAUUAGUGUUUGCACGGUGUUCAUCAGAUGGAUUUAACGCAACAUUAUUGUGCUGUAUACACGAUGUAGCAGAGUUUCAUGACUGGCGUGUGAACGGGACACCGAGGUGCGAUGUGUGUAUUAUUGCAAUAAACGAUAUUUAUACGUGAGCCGCGAUGCAACGACGAAUCGUGCAUCGAUGCGGUGUAUCUCUAGUUUCUUAAGGACACUGUAAAUGUUUUUACAUAAGCGAAAAUGAUUAGGGUGUAAGGAGUCGUUCAAACGACCAGACGAAAUCCAUGUCUUCCAAUUUUGUAGUCUCUUUGAUACUCCGCGUGUUAUCGAACCUCUAAUAGGUGUACGUGGGAGUACAAGGUAGCUAUUGUUUAAGCGAUUAUUUUUCAAGGCAGCCACGAGCGCGACCGAUGGAAAUCGACGAUUAACCCCUCAACCUAGUAAUUAUACGCUAAUCAAAUUAAUGACGCAGAUGGUAAUUAAGUUUUAUAGUAAUUACUCUGAAGUUUCAUGAAAUGAAAAUUAUUUGCUAGAAUCACUUUAAAUUUGCAAGGCAAUUAAAGAUAAAUAGAAACCGCUUUGAGCAAUAAUUUUAUCCUAACGUAUAUAUACGUCGGAGGGGUUAAUGUUGUGUGAAAUUUACUGAUCGUCGGAUUUCUUCGCGCGAAAGGAAAUCAUUCGUUUCUUUUGUGUAGUGUGCCAUUUAAAAACGUUGUGACGCGACAAUAAGACGUAGAUGAUAGUAUGCCUGUGCGAUGCAACUUCCGUCUUUCGUGCACUUUCCACGAUGCAAUUGUUGAAUAUUACCCUUUUCUUUUUAUUAUUAUAUUUGAAACGCCGCACUGACUCCGGUGAACUCCAAGGCAGAAUGAAUGCUUUCGUUUUGACAAUGAAAUACUCUUGGGAAAUGUGGUAUUGACGUAUUUUGUAUUCCAAUUUAUCAAUAACCAUAAAAAUCUAUCCGAAUAUUGAAAUAGAAAAAAAAAUAUUUUGCAAAGUGCGCGAAAGACUCGACUUUAGCAAUUCAUUAUCUGGGCUAUAAUAGUUGUAAGUGAAUUUGCUUUGUAAAUAUUUGUACGAAUAAUAUCUAUGAUAAUAAUGAGAAACUAUUUGGGGUACCAAUUUACAAAUCUAGGAUAUAAUCUAUGAAUUCUAUUCGAUGUUGAAUAAUUAUUGUACUCUUGUAUGUGGUUGCUGCCGGCAAGCAGUCAUGAUAAUAAUUAAAUUAGCAUGUAUAACAGGCGGGAAAUUUUAUGCUCAGAAGCUUGUUCGCGAACAAAUUCACAAGUCUUCCAUGUCUCAUCUCGUAUCUGUAAUUGUGUCUUUAAUAAGCUUUUCGAUCUUAAGAAGAUAUAUUUGUAUUGUUUAUGUUUAUGAUUAUACAUUGUGUAUAUAUGGUAUAAGCGAUUAAAUUCGCAUUAUGUUUUGUCAUAUAAUUAAUAAAGGAUAUUAAGU